AUGAGCGUAAUCGACGAAAAAGCCUCCCUCACGCUAAUUUCGAUAGCUGAAACCGCGAAAUUCUAUACAUCGUUAUGUCUUGGAACCACAGCUUUUCUAUCGGUAUUUGCUUUCUUAUUUUUGAUACCAUUCGUAGUUGAUCCAGCAAUCACGAGUCUGUUGGCUGACUACGAACCAGAGCCAGUAACGUGCAUUGGCACCCAGCAUAUCUACGCCGAGGGCAUAUCAAAUUGCUCCUGGGCCUCUUGUCGUGAAGGUUGUACCCGAGAAGCCACCCGUUGCCAUCAAAUCUACGUCAAUUACUCGAAAAUGCCAUUUCACCAAUAUCGACCCACUAUGCCACUCCAUAGUAUCCACUGGGAUGUGCAGGAUACCCGCUUUUUAAUUAACACAGAAGGUUGCGGUUACCCUCCAUCAGUAAACUGCUCUGAGUUCGCCCGCCAGUAUGGCUACCAGACUGCAGGCACUCCAUUUCCUUGUUAUUAUAGUAGAGUUUAUCCCGAAAUGCAAGUAGUUGCUAGAUAUUCAUGGGAUGAUACUUUAAGACAUUUGGUGCUAUCUAUUACAAUUCCAAAUAUAUUGUUCGCUGCGUCUAUCGGAGUACUGAGCUAUUGGUAUUGCCCGGGAUGUGGUCGAUCCUGCCAGAAAUAUAUGCACCAUUUCCCGACAGAGGAGGAAGACUUCGAUGAAAACAACUAG